AUACGUGGUGGUGGACGUGCGUUGACUGAAGUGGUAGGGAGUGGUGUUGUGUUGUGCGAAAUGGGGUGCAGAGUUGCGCCUAAGGAGAUGCCUCCAUCCCAAAGGGCCCUGGAGCAUCAGGAUUCCCAAGAAGUGGCCAACUACGAGACCGCUUUGGACGCAGCCGGUUACGGCCGCUUCAGCCGCAGCGUGCUAGGCGCGUGCGCGUGCGCAUUCUUCACCACGGGCGUGCAGAACUGCGUCAUGUCCUACGUACUGCCUGCAGCGAGAUGCGAACUCAAACUAUCCACCUACCAGGCCGGAUUGAUCAAUAUGGCUUUUAUGAGUGGUGGUGUGGCCAGCGCCUUCUUCUGGGGCAUCGUGGGUGACGUGUUUGGAAGGAAGAACAUCCUUAGCAUGACGCUGCUGGUAGACUCUGUCAUACUCCUAGCGCAGAGUGCUGUCACUGACUACCGGUUGCUGUUGGCCGCACGGUCUAUCAAUGGAUUCCUUAUUGGUGCUCCAUCUACAUUGGUGUUCACUUAUCUAUCAGAUCUGGUCGGGGUCAAGAGACGGCAGUUCUACCUCGACAUCACUGGUGGAAGUUUUGUGGCUGCAUGGCUCAUUUUACCUGCGAUAGCAUGGCUAGUAAUACCAUUAAAGCUAUCCGGGUACACUACACUUCUGCCAAUCUACUCCUGGAGACUGUAUUUAGCUCUGGGAAGUAUACCAGGGUUUGUUGCUGGUAUUUGGGUGCUCUUUCUUCCAGAGAGUCCAAGGUUGCUAUCAGAUACCAAUAGAAGUGAAAAAGCGUUGAAAAUUAUGGCGUAUAUCAAUCGGUGUAAUAGGGGCUCGACAGCAGAAUUUAAGAUUAAGAAACUCAUCCAAGACAAUAUAUUCAUGACAAAGACGGUCAGCGGUGAGCAGAGUCGAACCAAAGCGUUGUUCAUGGGAGUGUUAAAGGAUCUCAAAAUGUUCGUCUCCAAGAUGUACGCACUGAAGUCCAGCUUGAUACUGUUCGUCUUCUUCGCUAACAUGGCUGCUGGGUUUGGCCUCAAUCUUUGGAUACCAGAACUUCUCCUCCGCAUGCAAGUCAAGGACUGCUCAGCCAACAAAAUUCUCCCAGAACCAGCACAGUUGUUCAACGCAAGUAACAUGUCCAAGGUCUACAAUGUACGCUCUCGAGGCGAAGUUGACAGAUUCAAUAACUCAAUCUUUGAGUCACAUAGCGAAGAGAAAUGCGAUGAAAAUAUUGAUGAUUCAAUAUUCACAUCAGGCCUUAUAGUAGGAGCAUGUUGCGUCUUAGGCAAUGCAGCAUGCGCCCUUGUGUCGGCACGCGGUGCGUUCGGCGUGCGUCGUGCGGCCGCGCUCUGUGCGCUUGCAUGCGCGUUGGCAUGCGUUUGUCUUGCCGCAUGCGUCUGUGCUUGUGCGGCAUCCAAGCAUCUUGCAGUUGCGGCUGCGGCAGCACUAAACGCAGCGUCUUUGAAUGGAAAUGUCUUGCUUAUAAGACUGCUGUUGCAUUCUUUGCCGGCUAAGUUAGGAGGUCUAGGUGUUUGUUGGGGAGCGUGGUGGGGCAGAGCUGGUGGCGUGGCGUCCAAUUUGGCGGUCGGAGUUCUUUUAGAUUACUCCUGCCCUGCGCCGUUCAUAUCCGUCGCAGCUUUAUUAGCAUUAUCAAUCGGUGCCAUAAUGAUGAUAAAACUAGAAGAAGCAAAGAUUACAGAAGACAACAAGACUGAAGCAGACAAUGCUGAGAAGAAUACUAGUUUAGAUAGAUACAUUUCCACUCAUAUGUAAUGUUUAUAUGUUUUGUGAAAUGAAUGUGUUUAUUGACGUAAACAAAAUAGUGAAAUUGAUUUUGUAAUGAUAUCUUUAGAAUAUCUACUAAAUAUACACAUUUUUAUCAUCAUUUUUACUGCGGGAUUUUACGGAGUCUGCAAAAUCCCGACAAGCUGAGACUUAGGACUAUCUGUCUAUCUAUUAGGACUAUUAUACGUACUAUCUGAUCUGAAAACUAUUUUUUUAUAAUAAUACUUUGUAAUUACUCAGACAAGCUAUUUUAUAAUGAUAUAAAUUGUAUGAAUUCCUAAAUAUUAUAAAUCUAGGUAUGUAAUCAUAAGCGUUUCUGACAAAUGAUAUAUUGAAUCACAUAUCAUCAUAAUAAGUGCGAAGUUAUUAAUCGGAUAGUUACUGUGGCUUAUUAUACCUAGUAAUUAGUUCCUAUCACAGGCCUGGAUUAAGUAAGAAAAACUAAGAAAAAAUUUUUUAUUUCUUAGUCAAGUUCUUAGCCUUAGUUGGUAGUAGUUGUAGCCUAUGUUAUAGAAAUGAAUUUAUAUUUUCAUCAGUGCCUUAUAAAAUAGAGUUAGGAAAUCGGCCGAAUAUUGCGGAACUUCUGAGAAAGUCAGCCUUUGACUGCGAACUUCCCUAGUCGUAAGUGAUGAUUCAGUCUAAGAUGGAAGCGAAUUAAGUUAGAAAGAUCAUCAUCAUCAUCAGCCUGUGGACGUCCACUUUUGGACAUAGGUCUUCCCUAAAGACCGCCACCACACCCGGCGACAGAGAGAUAUGACAGUUUUAUUAAACCUAUAUGCCGUAACGGUUUCUAUACGGCAUUGUGCCUUCUUCAAAUGGCAUUUAAAUGGCAUUGUACCUUUAUUAAAUUGCAUCCUUAGAAGUCUGUAUGGUAGAUUUGUAGAGAAAAUCUACUUGCCAAAUCUCAAGUUUCUAAUAUGGUCUGUAUCGCUUUCUUAAGAAACUUUGUUUGAGGGAGAUUAAAAGUCAUAAAGUGCCGAUUCUGGUUUACGUUAACGAAACGUAGAUUGUAUAUAAACCUAUUAAUAAAACUAUUUUUAUUUAGUUAGAUUUAAAUAAGGAUUCGAAUAAAGAUCUCUUAAUAUAUUUAAUAUAUUUUUUAGGGACGGAAUAUGAUACGUAGUUUCUAUUUUUAGACUAUUGGUGUAUUUUCAAUAUAUGUAUAUUUUAUAUAAAAUGUUCAAA